CUGGCGUGAACACAACAACAACAAGCCGAAAAACAACAAACCCCAAACGUUAGGCCCCAGUGAGAGAUAUUUUAUUUGUGAUUAUUAAGCUUUGUGAGCUCGCUGGGCCGUCGCGUGUUUUGUGCUUCCUCCUCGAAAGGUGCCUUCGCAUUCUGGUGGUUCUUGUUAUAUUUUUUUUAUAGAAACCCGAAUCGGCAAUAAAGCAGAGCACCCGAUUGCAGAAAUGUCGGAGGAAUUUGCAUAAUUUUCGUGUCGGUCGAACCAGAAAUUGUAUAAUAAAAGAAACUAGUUUGCGAGCAAAAAAAGGCGCUGACGAGCAGAAGGUGCUGGAGAAAGGCGAGCACACGGGAAGAGGAGAGAAGAAAGACGGAAGACGGGGAGCUGGCCUUGAGCCAGGCCCCUCUACAAAUGGCCAUUCGUCCAGGACGAGGAUGCCCCAGCAGCACCCGCACCAUAUCGACAAUCCUGCCUGAAGCAUCCCGCACCAGCAUCCGGCUACCGAUCCGAACCGCAUAAUGUCCAGCGCCCACUACCAGGCACUCGAGCCGCAAACUUCUGACGAGGACCACGAGGACAUCGAGCGGCAGCCCCAUCGCAGUGUUCCCUACACCAUGGGCCGGAAAGGAAGCGUUUCUGCGGGCCGGCGUCGCUGCCUACUCCUAGCCGGGGCGGUUAUCUUCAUCGUGGCGUUCUGUUACCUCACCUUCAGCAUGGACACACGCCUCGCCCUGGGACUAGGCGGCGGCUCUGACGACUCGGAUGAGCACCACGGCCUGGACAGUAUUAAUUUCCGGCCGCUUAACGAGACUCUGCACAUAUGCAGCGAAAGCUACGAGGAUCGACGCCUCUUCAUGCAGGACAAGCCUCGAUCAGAGUACGAAAAGCUGCCAGUGAUAUAUUUUGUUACCCCGACCUAUCCACGGCGGGAACAAAUCCCAGAGUUGACGCGCCUGGCGCACACUCUGCUCCAUGUUCCUCGAUUGCACUGGCUGGUGGCCGACGACCAGGAGAACUGCAAUACCUAUUUGGAUACCUUGCUCAACCGAUUCGGCAUUCCCUUCACCCACAUGGUCAGUCCCAUGCCCAGCAAGUUCCGGAAUGAGAAGCCCGCCCCGCGGGGAGUGGCCAACCGAAGGGCAGCCUUGCAGUGGCUCAAGACCCACAACCUCACCAACGGAGUUCUCUAUUUCGGGGAUGACGACAAUACCUAUGACCUGCGACUCUUCUCAGAAAUACGGAAGACCCAAAUAGUGUCCAUGUUUCCGGUGGGUCUGAUUGCCGACUAUGGAAUCAGUGGUCCAGUGGUAAGAAAGGGCAAAGUGGUGGCAUUCUUGGACUCCUGGAUAGCCGGUAGAAGGUGGCCCGUUGACAUGGCCGGAUUCGCCGUUAACCUGGAGUACAUGGCCAAGUAUCCGUAUGUGAAUAUGCCCUACAAGCCUGGCUACGAAGAGGACCUCUUCCUGCGCAGCAUCGGCCUGCGCAUGGAUCUGAUUGAGCCGAGAGGAAACAACUGCACCGAGGUUCUAGUCUGGCAUACGCAGACAAAGUCCAAGAAGAUCGGCACUCUGCGCAUGGAAAGUAAAUACAUGGACGACCGCUCCAAUUUGGGAGCCCUUCUGCACAACCUGAAAACCAUGGGAGUGGCGCUCAUUUCAGAAGACGAAGGUCGCACUGCACUGAUUAGCAAGAAUGGAAAGGAGAAACCACACUCCCUGAUUCUCAGCUGAACAUUUGGGUCCAGAAUCCUUAGCGGGACCCAAAUAAUACUCAUACCCACACCGGUAGAUCUACAGUUUAAUUUAUGUGUAAACCAAACCAAAAUCGAAUCAACCGCCCUCUGAAUCCUCUUGUCCUUGUUCUGGAGAUCGUUUUCGUCAUUUUCAAUUGCACAACGUCGUAAUAUAAUAUAAGAUAUACGUUCUUCAGAUUCUCUUUAUGUAAUAUUGUUAAUUAGUUGUAGAUUAGUUUUCGUUCGUGAUAACAGGAUAGUAAACACAGGGAAGGACACAAAGAUAGAUUCAGGACUUGUCUAAGUACAUAUAUUGUAAUGAUUAUCAUUAGGUUGUAAAGGUUGAAUGCUUUGAUUUUCUAAUUUGCUAAGCAAACUUAAAAAUAUUUCAAACUUUAAAAACGUAAAGAAGCUUCAUUAGUUCAUUCAGCCGACACACAUAUCAAAAGGCAUGAAAUAAAUUAUUUCACAAUAAAAUCCCAGGACAUUAGACGCUUCAGUUAGGAUCAUUAGGAACACUAGCUGUUAACGUAUUAAGUUAGCCAGUAAUCAAUAAGAUCAUAAGCCAUGACAUGAAACAAAUAAACGCUAGUUUUUUAAAGCUUUCUUUAAAA